CUCGCCAGUCGGCGGCGCUCCCUGACUGAAGGGGACGGGGGGCUCCGCUUCCCCCCCGGCCCCGCCGCGCCUCAGCGCGACCGGAGGCGGCCGCUGGCUGAACCCGGGCGGAGGGGCUCAGGGGGCGCCUUCCCGCUGCUCCCCGCCCUCUCGGAGAGGAGCGGGGCGGUGGUGCUCCCUCCCCGGACAGGGCCGCGCCCCGCCGCCUCCCCUCCCCCCGGCCUCCCCUCCCAGCCGAGCCGGGAGAAGGGGAAUGGGCGGUCCCGGCCCGUAGCCCCCGGCUGCGGUCGCUCCUCCUCCUCCCGGGUCGAGACGUCUCGGUGGCUGCGCCCGAUGCUGUCGGAGCCGGCCGGGGUCCCCGCGGCGUUGUGAGCGCUGGUGCCGGGCCGCCGCCGCCAUGUCCGGCGUGGUGCGCACCCUGAGCCGCUGCCUGCUGCCGGCCGAGGCCGCGGGCCGCGCGGGGGAGCAGCCGCGCCGGGACGGCAAGGAGCGGAGCCGCGAUGCCGAGCGGGAGGCGCGGCGGCGGAGCCGGGAGAUCGACGCUAUGCUGGCCCGGGAGAGGCGGGCGGUGCGCCGGCUGGUCAAGAUCCUGCUGCUGGGCGCCGGCGAGAGCGGCAAAUCCACCUUCCUCAAGCAGAUGCGGAUCAUCCACGGCCGAGAGUUCGACCAGAAGGCGCUGCUGGAGUUCCGGGCCACCAUCUACGAGAACAUCCUCAAGGGCUGCAGGGUUCUGGUUGAUGCACGAGACAAACUGGGGAUCCCUUGGCAGUACACCGAGAAUGAGAAGCAUGGAAUGUUUUUGAUGGCUUUUGAAAACAAAGCUGGAGUGCCCAUAGAGCCUGCCACCUUCCAGCUCUAUGUACCCGCACUGGGCGCACUGUGGAGGGAUUCGGGAAUCAAGGAAGCCUUCAGCCGUCGGAGCGAGUAUCAGCUGGGUGAAUCAGUGAAGUACUUCCUGGAUAACCUGGAUCGGAUCGGUCAGCUGAAUUAUUUCCCCAGCAAACAAGAUAUUUUGCUGGCUCGAAAAGCCACGAAGGGAAUAGUAGAGCAUGAUUUCAUCAUUAAAAAAAUACCUUUCAAGAUGGUGGAUGUAGGCGGACAGAGAUCUCAGCGUCAAAAGUGGUUCCAGUGUUUUGAUGGAAUAACUUCAAUUUUGUUUAUGGUCUCCUCCAGUGAAUACGACCAGGUUCUCAUGGAAGACAGGCGCACAAACAGACUUGUGGAAUCCAUGAAUAUCUUUGAGACAAUAGUCAAUAACAAGCUUUUCUUUAAUGUUUCUAUUAUCCUAUUCCUCAAUAAGAUGGAUCUUCUUGUAGAGAAGGUAAAGACUGUCAGCAUUAAGAAGUAUUUCUCGGACUUCAAAGGUGACCCUCACAGGCUAGAAGAUGUUCAACGUUAUCUGGUGCAGUGCUUUGAUAGGAAGAGGAGAAACCGUAGUAAGCCGCUCUUCCACCACUUCACCACUGCCAUAGACACUGAAAACAUCCGCUUUGUGUUUCAUGCUGUGAAGGACACAAUCCUUCAAGAGAAUCUGAAGGAUAUUAUGUUGCAGUGAAGGAGAGCAGCCCAUGUUCUGUUAAAAUUUGCUGGAAGGUUAGAUCAAGAUUUUUACACUUUCUUUAUGGCCCUUGCAUGUGGUGUAAGACCCAUGCUAAUUACUUGGCUCAGGAAUGCUGUAAACUAGCCAGUCCAAACAGAGGAGCUAUAGGCCGAAGGAGUCAAAUGUUGAUUUUUAGCUACUGAAUCAUUUGGACUAGAAACACUACUGAAACGUGGCCAUUGUAGGUUCUGUACCUGGUUCAGAACAGUGAAUGACACAACCACCUUCUGCCUUCAUAGAAAAAAGAAAUCUCUGACAAACUGUGUAUGGAAGACAUGUUUUAAGUGAUUAUGCUCAUUUUUCAGAUACACUAGUCGUACAAACUGACUUUUUUUUAUAGUUUGGAGGUGCUGAAUCUAUCGCACUAAUCUAAAUGUAAUGAGAUUGGUAGCCGUGUUGGAGAACAUUGAAGUUCUGUUCUUAACCCUUAGGAAUAGAACCAGAUCUUGUGUGCAUGUUCAGCUUUGCCAAGGAUCUGGAAUCCACUUAUCAAGGUGGAUGCACAGCUCUUAUCUUUGCAUGAGUCUCCUGAGGCAAAAGUCUAAAAUUGUAUAAGGAAACCCAUGUUGCAGUAAAUUGGAUGGGAAGCUGAGGCCUCGCUAAUAUGGAGAAAGGUUUAUUUGGCACUUUGUGUAAAGGAUGUUACAUCAUGGGGAAACUGAUUUCCUUGGUGAAGCAGCCUGUGCUUGAGCACCUGGCUCUGUAUCUGAACAGUGGGUGCUCGAGGUCAGCACUGUUCUCGCACCCACAGUUGUGAAGGUUCAGUAUCUCCUGUGACAGGGCUUUAUCUAUAUUCAAAAGUUUGAAAGUCGAUUAAACUCUUAAGAAAAGGUUUUGGUAGUACCGCAGCUGCUUGAUUAGUUCCCAACAGCAGACUUUAUAGGAAGACUGAAAGCCCUGGAGAUCCCAGUUUUGCAGCUGCACUGAUGUAUUUGGACAGCAAGACCUUGCUGUAAAAUUAGCCUUUAAUCUGUGUCUUAAUGAGAUCUUUAGCCUAUAGUAAUGCACAUGUAAUUCUGAGUACAGUCAAGUUUGAAGUUGCCCAUUUUGGGCAUUGGUUUGUGUGUAAAAUUGCAAGAGGCUAUGAAUAAUGUUGAUAUGAACUGUUAAUUUCCUAGCUCUCUGUCUAUCAGGUGCCUUUUUUCUGUACAGACAUAUUGGAUCUUUUCUACUACAGUGGGAUAGUAGGAGAUCUGCCUUCAGAAGAAACUCAAGAUCUGCCUUUUAUAUCAACAUCGUAGUGCUAUCCUUUAGGUAAUUUUCAAACAUAGUUUACUCUGCAAUUUUUGUCAUAGCUUUUAUCCAAGAAUAAAACCUGAAGGGCUGUUUGUACCCAUAAAAAGUCAGCAGAUUCCCUGGAGUUCUUAUCCCCUCUGAGGCUGUAAUGGCAUCUCAAAACAAGCAACACUUUACUUCAGCUGGUAAUCCCAUGAGAAAUGUGGUCAAAAAAAGUCCUGUUCCGUUGUCCUUUCAUGUUAAUUUGGAUAAAAUCUGGAAUCUUUCUUCCCCUCUGAAGCUUGCAGAUGUUCAUAUCAGUGUUUUUGUGUAGUUUCCUAGUGUAGCAGUCUUUUGGCUUUCUUUCUGCAGGCUUCGGAGUGGAAAAGACGUGACUGUUUCAGUGCUGUCUGUGUAACACACACGGUAUCGAGGUUAAGAAGUAAGUGAAAAGUUGCAGAUGGGAAAAUCAAACUUAAAUUUGAGCAAACUUAUACAGGAAUUAGCUUCCUUGUAACUAGUCUUAGUUUUGCCAGGACCAACUCUCUUUUAAGUAUUUAUUCAUUUUUAACUUUGAAGGAGGAAAAUGUUAUGUGACUCCAAGAUUCAGAUGGGGGAAAACUCUUAAGUUUAUUAUAUUUGAAAAGGUAAAUGUUUCAAUAGAGUAAUGCAAACAAGUUUACUCCUCAUGUAAGGUUCGUUUCUCUAGGCUAGCCCAGUUGUUUAGCUGAAGACUGUUUUUAAAGUUUUCAAAAAUUCUUGGCGUUCUUGGCAGUGUUUUCUGCUUCAUGUGAGAAACUGGGAAAGAGGAGGCAGUUAUGGGCUGACUUGUCUUCUAAGUUGACUUGACAUUAUUUCCUAGUUUGCUGUGAGCUUUAUUCUUUCACUAAAUUUUCUGGAUGGGUUAAUAUUAUGCUUGUUCUCUCAAGUGAGUUAAACAUUCCCUUUCAACAGUAUUUUUUUUUCUGAAGAAUUACCUCAGUUUUAUAUCUGAAUCUACUGUAGUUUUACCAGGGAGGCAUAGCAUGGAAUUUUCUGUUCUGUUUUUUCCUCUCUAUGCUCAUCCUUAGUUUUGUUUUCCUAGUGACCUUAUGAGUUUAAAACUCUGAACAGAGCUAAAAAUGGAACUUGGGUAAUAAGUAACUUAAUCUGCACCUGGAAAAGAAACAGUGUGAGAUAUCUUGCUGAGCUGUCAAACAUUGGGGUUUGUAUGAUAUGGCAGUUUUGCACACUAAGUCAGAGUUUUAGGGAACCAGCUUGAUCACCUCAGGCCCAUUAUUGCCUUUCUUUUUAUUGAUAAAAUGGGCCUAAGCACAAUGCUGCAGGCUGCAGGUGAAAAUCAGUAUUUUGGCUCUGUAGGCUCUGUGUUUUAUUGAACUUUGAUAGUGACUGUUGACACCAGGAACUCAAGAUCAGGAAGCUUCUUGCACCAGUCAAGCCUUUCUCAAAUUUCCUAAGGAUCUGGCCCAUGAGUAAAAUGGACUUUUUUUUUUUUUUUUAAAGUGGCAACUUUCUCUGCAAAAAUACACUCCACUUCUUGCCACAACUGAAGGGGUUUGUGUUUGUUUUUUUCGUGGUGUAACUUGUAGUAUAAUAAAGCCAGAAAAUCAUGUUAAAGUAAAUAAGUUAAUUACCGAAGCAGAACUUAGGUAGGUUAGUUCAUACAAACAUCUCAGGGCAGGCUUGGUUGGUUGCUUAGUCCUUUCACAAGAAACAAAUAGAGAAUUUUAUUUUAAAUGACAUCCUGGAGAACUUUGCAGGUAAACACAGCUGGAGAGAACAUCUUUUUUUGUUAACUUUAUAGACUCAUUGUUCGUUUGUCCAGUCAGGAAAUGGGUCACAGGCAGGAUGAUGAUCAGAUGGAGACCUUGAACAAAGCCUUUUGCUGUGCCUUCUCUGACACCGCAGGUCAAUGGCCAGUGAUGGGGUGUUGCAAACGGGUUGUCUCUCACAAAGACAAAGAGAGGAAGUGCUUGCAGCAUGUGCUUGCAGGAGAGACAUGUAAACUUGCAGUUUAAGUAGAAAAGCUAACUAAAUGGGAGUGAUUUAUCAGAUACUGCAUUGUUGUCCUUGCUAAUAUAGCGUGUCAGUACCAUUCCUUCAGACUGCAGUGCUGUCAUUGUCUGAAAGAUUAAUCUUAGAUGGUAUUAUGAGGUGACACAGUGAAUUGGAAUUAGAAAGGAAGAACAGUUUACUGUAGAUUACAUGUUUAAUAGACAGUUGUCAAUUUUUGAAGGAAUUAAAUAGUUAUUAAUGUUGAAAAUUCAUUUCUACCAAUUAUGGAAUGGAAAUUACUGUCAACUUUACACUACAACUCAAAGAUAUUUUUUGUUUUAUAUAGAGAGUUGCUUUUAUUUUAUUUAAUAUGGCAGCAUAUUGAUUAUUUGACUUAUUCACUUUAUUAUUUUAAAAUACUGCUGUGUAAGACCUAGAACUAGGCAUAUUACGGGCCUGAAGAAGCUCCAGAAGAUGACUGUUAACCGGCUUUCUGAGCCAAAAAAGCCUGAACCUCAGGCAAACAGACAGUGGAGAAACUAAAGAUAAAGGAGUAGUGUAAUAGAGUAGAAAGAGGCCUUCUGCAGACAAAAAUGUAAUUCCACUAGGAAAGCUGAAGUAGUUUUUGGAAUGAAAACCAGGGCAUUUGAAAAGUGUGUCCCAUCUUGUUCACAUGUCAUUCCUCCACCCUAUAUUCCCAUACGCCCCACCCUCCCGGUACAGUCCUGGUUACUGCAAUCUGCAAAGAUCUGUAGACUUAAGGAAAUUAAAAGAAUGAACAUGGAAGCACUGAAGAAACUAGCAGUGUUCUUUAGUAACAGGCAACUAGAAGGUCCUUUUAGAAAAGAAGGCCUUUGCCAUUUAGAUGGCUGUCAUUGUGGAUAUUAACUUCAUGUUUUGGAGUCUUUUCUGUGUAUGUAUCUCUCUAGUUCUGCUGGGAAAAAAGAGCAUUCUGCUGCACAGAACUACAGGAUUUCUGUAAAAGGCCCCUCUGAUUUUCAGGUGGUGAGUUUUCACACCUGACUUAGCUUUGCUUGUGUGAUAAUUUUCAGGAGCAUAUUGGGCUGAUAGACAAUUUGAUGUGCUUGAGACACAAACAUGAUGUGAAGUAACACCUCCAGGCACUGCAGCUUGUCCUGUAAGCCAGACACUGAUCUCUUGCGAUGAGAACUAUAUUCCUUCCUGUAGGUUGUAGCCUAUUUUCUAUAUCAUUUUUUCUGGUAUAAAAAUCACAUGGUGUAGUCAGGGGUUUCAGUGUAGCACUGCCAACUCUUUACCUCAGAAGAUUCUAUUAAUUCUGUAACGCAGGAAGGUGAUGGGUAAGGUGUUUCAGUAGCAGCCAUAAAACAUCUGUGCCUACUUCUGUAAAUGGAUUUUUAACAGAUUUCAGAGAGUAUCCAUUAUGGGACAGGAAGACUGGCAUGGUCUGGGCCAGGCUUGGGCUAAAUUAAUAUUGACUCCACGCACUGCUAGAUGAGGGCUGUCUAGCCUAGUGAGGAAGUAAUUAGCAAGACAAUACAAGACCUAGUGCUUUUUAAUAUUAGCUGGUUUGUGAUUAGCUGGAGUGAUCUCUGCUUUGUGCUGUGAAGUGGGCACUUCUUUGUUUUAACACUAAUCUUCUUUUACAUGGAUGGAAAUGAGUAAAGCCAGGAUAUUUGGAGCUAAAACUGUUUCUCUGCUAACCAGGUGAUGCUAUCUCUUUGCUCAUCUGGAUGGUUGGACAACUUGGCUCACUCUUGCAUUUUUAUCUUUCUAAUGGCAUUUGGAAAGCAAUGUUGAAGUUUGUCUAUGUGUUGAUAUGCUUGUUUUCUUAUUGGGUGGGGAGUAUGGAGGUACUAGAUUGUCAGUGCUAGUGGUUCUCUGCUUGGCUUGAUGAACUGUAUCACAGUCCAGCUCUUGGCACAUGUCCGAAGGUUGUAUCUUCUAUCCAAUGUGGAAAUACUCGGAGAGAACAGAAGAGCAGCACUGACUUCCAAGGUGGGCGUUUUGGUGAAAAAGCCAAAGUAUGUUGGAAGGGAGCAAGAGAGGGGAGCUAUUUUCUAAACAGAUCCCAAAAGCUGAUGGUAUUUAAAAACUGACUGUAUUGAAGUGAAAUGCCAUCUGCAGUGGCCUCAAAAGCUUUGAGUGACUUCAGAGAGCACAUGGCUGUGAGUUAACGGCAGCAGGCUGCUGGGCUGGUCCUGCUGCAGCUGCACACCCUUCCAUUGUGAAUGUCUCUUCAUCUGUUCAGAACUGAGUGUAAAACUCAGUUCCUUCUAAAACACUGUAUGCAGAUCUCUGGCCAGAGAGUGUCUUACUGCUUUCUAACAGCAACUUAACCUUUCUUUUAAGAUACCAGAGCAUGGGUAUUUGGGGGAUUGGUUAGGUAAGAGACUGUUUCCAUUAUUUGAAUAAAAACCACAACUGAUGGACAGCAAAAUAUUUGGAGAAUUAGGGCCUGAGAGAGCAUCUUACGAAGGAGUGUCAGAUUUGGAACAGCACUGCACCUCUGCUAAUAAUUCCCAUCGAUCUGUUGUGCUGAGCUUGUGUGCAGGUGAUUGGGCACAAAAGCUGAGAGAAGAUAGCAGGGAGAAGGAGGAUGUGGAAGAGAAGUUAUCUUUUGGUAGUUUAGGAGACUUGGAAAGCAUGCUUGGUGGGCUUAGGUGUGAAAACACAUAUUCGAACUCCCAUUCACAUUGAAGCCAUUAAAUGUCUUUAGGCUAAUGAGCGUUUGUCCAUUGAACAGGCUUCAUUAUCUGGCAUGUGUAAUGAGCUUGAAUUGAUGAUACAUGUUAAACAGUGUUUCUGAAGACUCCACUUAACAAAAAGGCUAGUAUUUAUUGCUCUUGUGAUGAGUUGUCUUGUUUAUGGAAUCGAUAAGUAUGAAAGCAAACUGACAAAACACAAAGUUAUCUCGUGACACAAUCAUGUAGCUAGGAAGCCAAUUAAUGUUAUCUUUUAUUCUGCAAUUUACUUGCUCUCUGGUGCCUAUGCAUUGUAACACACAUACUAUGCAAUAACAUUCUUUUUUCAAACCAGUUCACUGCAUUGGGCAAGAAAGGCCUGAGUUUAGCCUUAAUUUUCUAACAUUUCAGAGGAAAGUACUUUCAAAACAGUGAUGAACUAAAAGAAGGUGAAAAAUGCAUUAAGUAAAAGCACAGUUCCAGACUGCUCACAUAAGUGUCUUUCUAGCACCAAAACAGCAUCCACAAUAGAAGCAGCUAAUUGCUGUAAUAGUUUCAAUUUAUGAAAACUGUGUACUAGAUAAAAUUAUAUUGUGAUGUGUAAAAAGUGUAUUUUAUAGCUUUGGUGACUUAGUUUACUGUUUUGUAUAUAUGAAUUUUAUAAAUCUAUUAAAACUUGACUUGUUAUACUGUU